UGUUCCUUUUUUCCAUAUUCGUUACCGUUGCUCCCACUUUAAAUAUUAUGCGGUGCCAACAAGAGCCACAUUUGACUUGGGAAGAUGUUGAGAGAAAUGCACAUGUGAAGCACACCCGAGAUUAAAACCAGGCCUUCCUCAACGGAGCUACACCUUAUUUUUGUUAUUUUUUAUUGACACAAAUCUACAGGAAGACCACUUCAAGGUUACUGCAGGACUUGGAGCAGUAGGUAAUCAGGUCAACUCCCUACACCUGGGCCCGGGUGCAACCUUGGGAGCUUGAAAGCCUCAGCCCGAUCACGGAUGGACACAGCUGGCCUUAGAUGAAGGCUAUGUUGCAGCCUUUUUGGCAUUUUAGUCAGGUCCGGUCUCCUUCUUUUAUGGUUGUCGCUGCCUAAGAGCCAGGUUGUGACAUUGUUUACAGCCUUUAAUAUAUUGUCCAACCUCAAACAAUCAAUAUGUUGUAUUUGGUGUGUAUUUAAAUAAGCCUCUCUCAAAAGCAGACAUGGAAAACAAACUGCUCAUUGUGGUUUUGUUGAUGCCCUGCACAUUUGUGGACAUUUCAAAUUCACACUCUGGCAAUGGACAAAGUGGAGAAGACAACUGUAAUAUACAGACAAACCAAGGCUGAAGAAGACAGAAGCAGUGGGCAGAAUGAUGUGGAAGUGGAGAGGAUGAAGACCGCAAAGAAGGCAGCACCAGUGAAUAAAAUGAAGGUGAAAAUGGAGAGGAUGAAGGACACAGCUGCAGUGGAAAUGAUGAUGAUCAGGAAGACGGUGGUAGUGGACAAGAUGAAGGAAGACAGUGGUAGUAGACAAAAACCUGCAGCUACUAGUGACAUUGGAGCCCCUACUCCGAAGCUGACCGUCAUGGACCUGGCAGAGUCGAACACCGCGGUCACCAAUGUGCUCGUCUCCAAUCCCACCCUCAUCGCUACUGCUGUCCUCAUCGCCCCCACCAUCACUAGCGACCCCCCACAUUGCAGCUGUCAGCAACACAAGCUCUGCUGGUCACUGGCAGUGUUCUGGCUUUGGUUGUGGUAUGAGGAGCUCAACGCCCCCCAUGUAUGAAUAACAAUGCUGCACCCUGCCCAACAAGAUUUUUUUUUUUUUCCGCAGAAGGGAUGGAGGGUGUCUGUACAAAAAAAUAUAUACAUAAAAAAACUGCCCGCCUCCGUGUAGCACCCAUUUAAAUAAGGAUGCAAGGGUAAGUGCAACAUUAUAACAUGUUGCACUUGGAAAGCACACCUGACCAUCUUUUUUGCAAUUGCAUCUUUGUGUUUUGUCAACACAACAAGGACUUACAGACAUGUUCAAAAAAUGGCUCCUGCUUUUGAUGAUGGCUUGGAUGUUGAUGACCGCCUUUGGGUCAGAUGGUGAAGUCGAGGAAGGCCAGCCUGGAGAGCAAGAAGAUGAACAGUUGGAAGAAGAUGAAGAGGCAGGUGAUGGACAACAACCUGAACCUGAACCUGAACCUGAACCUGAACCUGAACCCGAACCCGAAGAAGAAGAACCUGAACCCGAACCCGAAGAAGAAGAACCUGAACCUGAACCCGAACCCGAAGAAGAAGAACCCGAACCUGAACCCGAACCCGAAGAAGAAGAACCUGAACCUGAACCCGAACCCGAAGAAGAAGAACCUGAACCUGAACCCGAACCCGAACCCGAACCCGAAGAAGAAGAACCUGAACCUGAACCUGAACCUGAACCCGAAGAAGAAGAACCUGAACCCGAACCCGAACCCGAAGAACCUGAACCUGAACCCGAACCCGAAGAACCUGAACCCGAACCCGAAGAAGAAGAACCAGAACCUGAACCCGAAGAAGAAGAACCAGAACCUGAACCCGAACCCGAAGAAGAACCUGAACCAGAACCAGAACCCGAACCCGAACCUGAAGAAGAACCUGAACCAGAACCAGAACCUGAACCCGAAGAAGAAGAAUCAGAACCAGAACCCGAACCCGAAAAAGAACCUGAACCAGAACCUGAACCUGAACCUGAACCUGAACCUGAACCCGAACCCGAAGAAGAACCUGAACCUGAACCUGAACCCGAACCCGAAGAAGAACCUGAACCUGAACCUGAACCUGAACCCGAAGAAGAAGAACCUGAACCCGAACCCGAAGAACCUGAACCUGAACCCGAACCCGAAGAACCUGAACCUGAACCUGAACCCGAACCCGAAGAAGAACCAGAACCUGAACCCAAAGAAGAAGAACCAGAACCUGAACCUGAACCCGAAGAAGAACCUGAAUCAGAACCCGAACCUGAACCAGAACCAGAACCUGAACCUGAACCCGAAGAAGAAGAACCAGAACCCGAACCCGAAGAAGAACCAGAACCCGAACCCGAAGAAGAACCUGAACGAGAACCUGAACCCGAACCUGAACCUGAACCUGAACCCGAACCCGAAGAACCUGAACCUGAACCUGAACCCGAACCCGAACCCGAACCUGAACCUGAACCCGAACCCGAAGAACCUGAACCUGAACCCGAAGAACCUGAACCCGAACCUGAACCUGAACCCGAACCCGAACCCGAAGAAGAAGAACCUGAACCCGAACCCGAAGAAGAAGAACCUGAACCUGAACCCGAACCCGAAGAAGAAGAACCUGAACCUGAACCCGAACCCGAAGAAGAAGAACCUGAACCCGAACCCGAAGAAGAACCUGAACCUGAACCCGAAGAAGAACCUGAACCAGAACCUGAACCAGAACCUGAACCCGAAGAAGAACCUGAACCUGAACCCGAAGAAGAACCUGAACCAGAACCAGAACCUGGACCCGAAGAAGAACCUGAACCUGAACCCGAACCCGAAGAAGAAGAACCUGAACCCGAACCCGAAGAAGAAGAACCCAAACCCGAAGAAGAAGAACCUGAACCUGAACCCGAACCAGAAGAAGAAGAACCUGAAUCUGAACCCGAACCUGAAGAAGAAGAACCUGAACCCGAACCCGAAGAAGAACCUGAACCAGAACCUGAACCCGAAGAAGAACCUGAACCUGAACCUGAACCAGAACCCGAAGAAGAACCUGAACCUGAACCUGAACCAGAACCUGAACCCGAAGAACCUGAACCAGAACCUGAACCCGAAGAAGAACCUGAACCAGAACCUGAACCCGAAGAAGAAGAACCUGAACCUGAACCCGAACCCGAAGAAGAACCUGAACCUGAACCCGAACCCGAAGAAGAAGAACCUGAACCUGAACCCGAAGAAGAACCUGAACCCGAACCCGAAGAAGAACCUGAACCUGAACCCGAACCCGAACCCGAAGAAGAACCUGAACCUGAACCCGAAGAAGAACCUGAACCAGAACCUGAACCCGAAGAAGAACCUGAACCAGAACCAGAACCUGAACCCGAAGAAGAACCUGAAGAAGAACCUGAACCAGAACCUGAACCCGAACCCGAAGAAGAACCUGAACCUGAACCAGAACCCGAAGAAGAACCUGAACCAGAACCUGAACCCGAAGAACCUGAACCAGAACCAGAACCUGAACCCGAAGAAGAACCAGAACCAGAACCUGAACCCGAACCCGAAGAAGAACCAGAACCUGAACCCGAACCCGAAGAAGAACCUGAACCUGAACCCGAAGAAGAACCUGAACCUGAACCUGAACCAGAACCUGAACCCGAAGAAGAACCUGAACCAGAACCUGAACCCGAAGAAGAACCUGAACCUGAACCCGAAGAAGAAGAACCUGAACCUGAACCUGAACCCGAAGAAGAACCUGAACCAGAACCUGAACCCGAAGAAGAAGAAGAAGAACCUGAACCCGAAGAAGAAGAAGAACCCGAAGAAGAACCUGAACCUGAACCCGAAGAAGAAGAAGAACCCGAAGAAGAAGAACCUGAACCUGAACCCGAAGAAGAAGAAGAACCCGAAGAAGAAGAAGAACCCGAAGAAGAAGAACCUGAACCCGAAGAAGAAGAACCUGAACCUGAACCCGAAGAAGAAGAAGAACCCGAAGAAGAAGAACCUGAACCUGAACCCGAAGAAGAAGAAGAACCCGAAGAUGAAGAACCUGAACCUGAACCCGAAGAAGAAGAAGAACCCGAAGAAGAACCUGAACCUGAACCUGAACCUGAACCCGAAGAAGAACCCGAAGAAGAAGAACCUGAACCUGAACCCGAAGAAGAAGAAGAACCAGAACCUGAACCUGAACCCGAAGAAGAAGAAGAACCUGAACCCGAAGAAGAAGAACCAGAACCUGAACCCGAAGAAGAAGAACCAGAACCUGAACCCGAAGAAGAACCUGAACCAGAACCUGAACCCGAAGAAGAAGAAGAAGAACCACAACCUGAACCUGAACCCGAAGAACCAGAACCUGAACCUGAACCCGAAGAAGAAGAAGAACCAGAACCUGAACCCGAAGAAGAACCUGAACCAGAACCUGAACCCGAAGAAGAAGAAGAAGAAGAACCUGAACCCGAAGAAGAAGAAGAACCUGAACCCGAAGAAGAACCAGAACCUGAACCAGAACCUGAACCCGAAGAAGAAGAAGAAGAACCUGAACCCGAAGAAGAAGAACCUGAACCCGAAGAAGAAGAACCUGAACCUGAACCCGAAGAAGAAGAAGAACCCGAAGAAGAAGAACCUGAACCUGAACCCGAAGAAGAAGAAGAACCCGAAGAUGAAGAACCUGAACCUGAACCCGAAGAAGAAGAAGAACCCGAAGAAGAACCUGAACCUGAACCUGAACCCGAAGAAGAAGAACCCGAAGAAGAAGAACCUGAACCCGAAGAAGAAGAAGAAGAACCAGAACCUGAACCUGAACCCGAAGAAGAAGAAGAACCUGAACCCGAAGAAGAAGAACCAGAACCUGAACCCGAAGAAGAAGAACCAGAACCUGAACCCGAAGAAGAACCUGAACCAGAACCUGAACCCGAAGAAGAAGAAGAAGAACCAGAACCUGAACCCGAAGAAGAAGAAGAACCAGAACCUGAACCCGAAGAACCUGAACCAGAACCUGAACCCGAAGAAGAAGAAGAAGAAGAACCUGAACCCGAAGAAGAAGAAGAAGAACCUGAACCCGAAGAAGAACCAGAACCUGAACCAGAACCUGAACCCGAAGAAGAAGAAGAAGAACCUGAACCCGAAGAAGAAGAAGAACCCGAAGAAGAAGAAGAACCCGAAGAAGAAGAACCUGAACCCGAAGAAGAAGAACCUGAACCUGAACCCGAAGAAGAAGAAGAACCCGAAGAAGAAGAACCUGAACCCGAAGAAGAAGAAGAACCCGAAGAUGAAGAACCUGAACCUGAACCCGAAGAAGAAGAAGAACCCGAAGAAGAACCUGAACCUGAACCUGAACCUGAACCCGAAGAAGAAGAACCCGAAGAAGAACCUGAACCUGAACCCGAAGAAGAAGAAGAAGAAGAACCAGAACCUGAACCUGAACCCGAAGAAGAAGAAGAACCUGAACCCGAAGAAGAAGAACCAGAACCUGAACCCGAAGAAGAAGAACCAGAACCUGAACCCGAAGAAGAACCUGAACCAGAACCUGAACCCGAAGAAGAAGAAGAAGAAGAAGAACCAGAACCUGAACCUGAACCCGAAGAACCAGAACCUGAACCUGAACCCGAAGAAGAAGAAGAACCAGAACCUGAACCCGAAGAAGAACCUGAACCAGAACCUGAACCCGAAGAAGAAGAAGAACCUGAACCCGAAGAAGAAGAAGAAGAACCUGAACCCGAAGAAGAACCAGAACCUGAACCAGAACCUGAACCCGAAGAAGAAGAAGAAGAACCUGAACCAGAACCUGAACCCGAAGAAGAACCUGAACCAGAACCUGAACCCGAAGAAGAACCUGAACCCGAAGAAGAAGAAGAAGAACCAGAACCUGAACCCGAAGAAGAACCUGAACCAGAACCUGAACCCGAAGAAGAAGAAGAACCUGAACCCGAAGAAGAACCAGAACCUGAACCAGAACCUGAACCCGAAGAAGAAGAAGAAGAACCUGAACCAGAACCUGAACCCGAAGAAGAACCUGAACCAGAACCUGAACCCGAAGAAGAACCUGAACCCGAAGAAGAAGAAGAAGAACCUGAACUAGAACCUGAACCCGAAGAAGAAGAAGAACCUGAACCAGAACCUGAACCCGAAGAAGAAGAACCUGAACCCGAAGAAGAAGAAGAAGAACCUGAACCAGAACCUGAACCCGAAGAAGAAGAAGAAGAACCUGAACCAGAACCUGAACUCGAAGAA